AUGCCGUACCUCCAGAGAACCCUUGACCGUGUCACUGACUCCUAUGCCUAUUUCUACGCACUUGCAAAGAUCCAUAAGAGCCCCUGGAAAACGCGACCAAUUGUCUUGGUCUCUGGCAGCCUACUCUAUGGCCUCGGAAAAUGGCUGGAUCAACAACUCCAACCCAUCAUCCGCAAACUACCUACCUAUUUGUCAAGCUCGUUUGCACUCAAAACUGACAUUGAUAACAUGGCCGGCACCGAAUUCUCUUGCAUGAGUCUCUUCACUGGUGAUGUUGUGGCUAUGUAUCCCAGCAUCAAUCUUGAAGACGCUUUCACCCGUAUUGCAGAAUUCCUGUCCACCUCCUCACUGUGUGAAAAUGUCGACUGA